UACAAAAUGGCGCCCAUCAUACACAAUACAAAAAUAUACUUUUACCACUGUUAAGCAAUGAAUAUUACCGAUUCAGAUACAUUGAAACAACAGUUUCAGCUUAUCCAAGAGCAACAACAGAAGAAACUUGUCGCUAGAAAGCAGAAGAAGACGAAUAAUUCCGCCAAGGAAACGACAACUGUAUCCAAGAAGAAUGACUGCUGGGGAAUAGAAGAUGAUCUAGAACUCGAGCUUGAUGCCAAGGUUCCUGACRAUGRGAAGUUACGCAUGUACAAUGAACUUGAUGAGUUAAAACAAGCUAAUAGGGUUCUUAAAGAUGAGAAUGGAAGGCUGUACAAACUUCUUGGUGAAAGGGAUGAGGAAAUGCGAAUUAUCAGAAAACAGCGGGACAGUGAAAGGAAAGCCUUGGCAGGAACAGGAGUUGCUGCUGACACUGCUGCUGGUAAGAUUGUUGAAUUAUCAAAGAAAAACCGUGAAAUGACUGCAGAUCUUCAAAGUGAGAGAAAUAAAGCAAGGCAGCUUUCUAAAAGGGUACAGGAGUUAGAGGCACAGGCUGCAGUACUGAAUCCGCCUAAAGGAAGUCAAGUCCAACCUAAAAAUGACAAAGGAGCAAAUGAGGAAGCAACAAAAGAAUUGCAAGAAAAGCUUAAAAGUGCCAAUUCUAAAAUGGCUGAAUAUCGCAACCAGUGUGAAGCUCUUAAAAAGGAAAUCAAGGUUGCAAAUAAGGUGCUGAGUAAAGAAUUAGGUGAACAUGUGAAUGUAGCAGCAAUAUUAAAUGAACCAAGUGGCUGGAGAGGAAGGCAGCARCAAAUAUCUGCCUUGCAAAAUAAGGUUACUGAAUUAAAGGGUCAGCUACAUGAGGUUGCUAGGUGUGGUUCUACGACAUCAAGUAACUUCCUACUUCGUUCGUCUAUGGCCACACCUUCUGUGAUGUCYUCACAAUAUGAUGAAAAACAUAAAUCUGUUUUAAGGAAAAUAGAAAAAGAUCGCAAAGACACAUUGGAGAAAACGCAAGGUGAACUGGGUARAAUGACCGAAGACCACAAUCGACUACAACAAAAGCUUGACGCAUCAAAAGCAAGAAACAAAGUGUUGGCCAAUGAACUGAAAAGUGUCAAGGCUCAAAUUAAGACUUUGAUGGAAAAAGGAGCUCAUGACGAUGAGCUAAUUGCAGCACUGAUGCGGGAGCAAGAACAUCUAAAACAAUCUGCCAAAAGGCCAGUUUCUCCAGCCCCACAACCACAAGUGAUUGUUACACAGGACACRACGAUGGUCAAUCAUUUAAAACAAUUAUGUCAGCAGCAAGAACAACGAGUUAAAGACCUAGAAAAAGAGCUACACAAUACCGAACAAAACCUUCAACGGGAAAAAAUCGAAAAAGAAAACAUUGAAAAUAAAACAACGCCGCCUCGGCCUGAAACAGCUGAUGCUAUGUGUUCUACUGAGGAUCUUCGACCUAAGCCACCUCCUUUKUCUCAAGAACAAAAGCAAAAUAGAUCUCAGUCUCCUGCWACUAGAAACAGCCGAAUAGGRCAUGGGCAACUUCCACCGACUCCACCCAGUGCUGGACGGUACAGCAGAGGGAGAAGAAAUAGUGCAAGUAACAGCGAGGAAACGCAAGUCUUAYGGUGUCAGAUCCAAGAGUUGAAAUCUACGUGUCAAGUUGCUGAAGUUGAGCGUGAUCGACUUCUCGAGCUCGUGGCUGUUUUACAGAAACGAAACGACGAGGAGAAAUCCAAGUCCUUGCAAAUCACGGCCAAACUUCAAGAGCAACGACGAAUGAAUGCUCACAUAGAAAAACAAUUAGGAAGAGUACAGUCUUCACAAACUUUCAAUUCAAAGAAUUCAGCUAGAUCCAAAGUCCGUGGUUCGUCAUCACGUAUUGGCGGGGAAGACUUUGAACGACCUCAAAAUCCCGAUGAGUUAGAUGAGUUAAGGGCUUGGCUUGAUAUUCAAAAAGAUGAAAACGACGCUCUAAAAGAGGCAUUAAACUCCACUCUAAAAGCAAAAGAAGAGGAUCUCAAAUUUUAUCAUGAGAUGAUAGAACAAACAAAGAAGGUAUUUUUACAAGGUCUUCGGCAGUUUCGGCAGAAUUCAGCGCCCAGCUAGCUUUCCAACACAAAACGUUAAACGUCGGUAUACCAGUGAUGACGUCGCAAUAAGAUCCAUGACGUCAUGAAUGACGUAAUGAGUUCACGUGAUUCAAAAUUUGUCCUGGAGUAUGGCAUCACUGUCAGGAGAACCAGAGGAGCCACGGUAAAUGGGACUCAGAAAGAUAUGUUAAAACAUAAGAGACAUUUUGUGGGAGACAUGAUAGAUGCUAUGUUUUCUCUAAUUCUUACCCACUGUUUAUCAAUUCAGUUUAUGGAGAAGAUCGUUUCGGUCAUGGUGAUUUGAAUAAAAUCUUGGGCGUAUUCAU